AAUAAUUAAUUACUAAAAUGGCUGAAACCGAGCUGCUGCUGCUGCUGUGACAUAACACAUGUCCCAGCUGAGCUGUGUGCGCCCCCUGCUGGCCUCCUGACAAACACAGGCUCACUCUCAGUGAAAACAGAUGUUACGGUGCGUCGUGACACUUUUGUGAUUUACUCUGUAAAGUUUCUUGAGUUGCUGCUUAUUGUUCCUAAAUUCCCUUGUUGUUAUUUCUGCUGCUGCUGUCCUGUGUCUGUUGCAGCCUGCAGGGGGCGACACUCAGCCUCACCCCCUCUGCAUUCUGUUGAGUGAUGUCAGGGGUUGACAUUAAAGCAGCAGGGAAGGGGGAUUAGAUUAAAUCUGUUGUUGCACGGCGACAGUGACAUCACCACCGACCACUUUUCACAAUGCAUAAUCCCAAAGUGAUGCUGCGGUUUCUACACCUGAGCCUGCAGAAGACGCUGCUGCCCAGCAGAGGAGAUGAUGCUCUCUCACGCCCCCCAGUGGCGCGUGUGUGGGUGUGGCUGCAGCUCAGAGGGGGAGGAGCCUGUAGCUCCAGCUGUGUGUGUGUGUGUGUGUGGCUGCUGAUCAGGUGGAGAUCAAUCUUCUUCAGAGAGCGGAGAUCCACCACCGGACCCUGCUGCUCAAGCCUGGCGCCCACUCCUGCACGGGGAUCUCCCCGGACUACCGGCUGCACCCACCGGCUGCUGGACAGUGCCAGCCCCGGUCCUGGUCCCGGUCGUGGUCCUGCAGACUUCAGCAGCAGCUGAUGCGGUUCAUGACUAAGGAGUUAUUUUGCGUCACAGGAGGCAGCAGGAUGCUGUGGCUGCUGCUCUGUCUGCUUCCUGUGGCGAGCUGCAGCUCCACUGACGCUCAGGACGCCGUGUACCUGGAAAAACCAGACCAUGAGUCAGUGGGCGUGACGACAAGGCCUCACAUCUUUAACUGUCGCUCGAAAAACAUGGAGGACUUCGCCUGCUGGUGGCGUCCACUGGACAACCUGACAGAGACGGAGGAAGUCACCUACGUCCUCACCUACUCCAUAGAACAGGGGCCCAGUCAUGAAUGUCCAGACUACACGAGCGCUGGUCCCAACAGCUGCCACUUUGACAAAAGCCACACCAACGUGUGGAAGGUCUACUGCAUCAACGUGACGGCCGUCACUGCCCACAGGAACUACACUUCCCAGCAGCGCUGCCUGGACGUAGCAGAUAUUGUUCAGACCGAAGCUCCAGUCAACCUGACCUACCAACUGGAAGACACCGGUGGACACGAGGUGGGACACACUGCACAUCUGUCCUGGGAGUACCCGGAACCAUCGGACCUGCAGUACGGCUGGAUCACACUGCUCUACGAGCUGCAGUACAGACGUGUCGACGAGUCAGACGACUGGAAGGUUAAAUUCCCGCUGAACGAGCCUCACGUGAAGCUGCUCGGACUCCCCGUCGGCGACUAUGAGAUCAGAGUUCGCUGCCGUUCAAAAAACUAUGGCCUGUGGAGCAAAUUUAGCUCCCCACUGUUCAUGAGCAUCCCAUCCAAAACAACCACAGGGAAGCUGGUGGUGAUGAUCCUGGUGACGAGCGUCAGUGUGGUGUCUCUGCUGGUCAUCGGCUUUGGUGUUGUUCCACAGAGCGGAAGAAUAAAAGACUACUUCCUGCCGCCGAUCCCUAAACCGAGGAUCAUGGGCAUCGACCCGCUGCUCCUGGAGAAGGGUCACCUGGAUGAAAUCAACCGUCACUUCAGCACCUUCCACAGCUACCGUCCUCCCAGCUACACAGAGGACGUGUGGGACCAGGUCAGCGCCGACAGCUUGUGUUUCUCCAUGUCAAAGGACUCCAGUGUCCCGGCAGCCAACACAGACCAGGACAAAGAUCCUCUCAUGGUUCCAUGUGACAUAAAACCUGUCGCUGCCCGUGUUCAGGCUCCAGCCCAGAACCCGUCCUCAUACGUGCAGAGUCCGUCUCCGUACUGCUCGUCCCCUCCCGACACCUUCACUCCUCCACUUCCUGUCUCGUCUCUGUGGCCAAAGCCCGAGCUCCCGCCGCUGCCGGACUACAACGUGAUCGGACAUGACAACUCUUUAACUCCUCCCGACUCCACCGCCGGGCACUCGCCAUCGGACUUCUACACCUGCGUUCAGCUGGUCAAUGAAAGCAGUCAGCUGCAUCUGGUGCCGUACAUUUCCACGCCCUACUGCGGGGAGUUCCCGCCUCCGCUGGGCGUCGACGUCAGCGCGGGCGAGAAGGAAGAAAAGAAGAAGAAGAAACUCGCCGAAUACCAAGCCGGGAAGAAUGUGACGAAUGAGCAGAAAGAGGCUGAGAGCAGCGGUGAAGUGGUCGUGCCUCUGCUGCCCGUCGCCGUGGACAACUAAAGCUAAGCACAUGCACAAAAACACUCUGUUCUUAACCUCACACUUAUUUAAACGUCGUUGAAUUUCAAACGUGACAAAAAAACACGUUCUUGCUGCAAGAACACAUGAUGUUUAACAUGUUUUACUCUCUGUUUCUCUGCUCACACACACGGACCAAAAUCUGUUCAGGUGACAAGCUCUUAAAGGAAUAGUCUGGGAUUUCUUUGAAGCCUGGUCGUACACAGAUCCACAUUCUCACUGAAAACAUGACUGAUUUUACUAUUAGUAUUUCACUAUUUAACAGACUUUUCCAACAGGAAAGUGCAGUUUGUAA